AUGACCGACUAUGACACCGCAACCGGCUUCCUCGGGGAAUGGGGACGUUUCCAGCAGCAGGUGUUUUUCCUCCUCUGUCUGACCAUCAUCCCGAACGGUUUCACCGGCCUGUCCAUCGUGUUCCUCGCCGACACGCCGGCCCACCGCUGCCUCAUCCCGGCGCACGUCAACCUCACCGCCGCGUGGAAGAACAGCAGCAUCCCGCUGGAGGAGGACACGCAAAGCGGCGCGCUGGCGCCCAGCAAGUGCUCCAGAUACAAACUAGAAGAAAUAGUGAGUUUCUCGGACAGGGGCUUGCUGCCCGGUGUUGAUGUGAACCUGUCUAACGUGGCAACAGAGGACUGCCUGGACGGGUGGGAGUAUGACCGCAGCGUGUACGUUUCGACCAUCGUGACUGAGUGGGACCUGGUGUGUGAAGACAGGUGGAAGAACCCGUUGACUUCCUCUCUCUUCUUCUGUGGAGUUCUCACCGGCUCCUUUAUUUCGGGACAGCUCUCUGACAGGUAUGGGAGAAAAAUUGUGUUGUUUGUCACCAUGGCAGUCCAGACAGUGUUCACAUUCAUCCAGGUCUUCUCUCCAUCCUGGACCAUGUUCUGCGCCGUCUUCUUUGUUGUCGGCGUGGGACAAAUCUCCAAUUAUGUGGCUGCGUUCGUGCUCGGAACUGAGAUAUUAGGCCAACGUGUUCGGACAAUUUACUCCACCGCUGGUGUGACUCUUUUCUUUGGACUGGGCUACAUGCUGCUGCCGCUGUUUGCUUUCUUCAUCAGAGACUGGAGGAUGCUCCUCCUCGGCCUCUCCCUGCCCGGCUUCCUCAGUGUGCCUCUCUGGUGGUACAUCCCAGAGUCUCCUCGCUGGCUGCUCUCUCAGGGAAGAGUAGAAGAGGCUGACGCCAUAAUGAGAGAUGCUGCUAAGAGAAACAAAAUCGAGCCUCCGCCCGUCAUCUUUGGUGCCUUGCAGAAAGAACUUCAAUCUGAAAGGAGGAGGGCUCACAACAUCUGUGACCUGCUCCGUUCUCGGAACAUCCGCUGGAUCUCUGUCACGCUGUGGCUGGUCUGGAACACCUUGACCAUCGCCUACUUCGCUCUUUCCCUGAAUACAGCGAACCUUCACGGUAAUGCGUACUUCAACUGUUUCCUGUCGGCUGUAGUAGAGAUGCCAGCCUACACUUUGUCAUGGAUUAUGUUUCGCUGGUGUUCCAGACGACUCAGUCUUUUCUCAACCCUCUUCAUGGGAGGAUUGUUUCUACUCUUCAUACAGCUCAUACCAGCAAACCUGAUUUAUCUCGCCAUAACCCUUGAGAUGAUGGGGAAGUUUGCGGUGACGACGGCAUUUGCUAUCGUGUAUGCCUACACUGCAGAGCUCUACCCAACUGUACUGAGGAAUACUGCUGUGGGCGCCUGCUCGAUGGCCUCCAGAAUAGGCAGCAUCAUCGCCCCAUACUUCAUUUACCUAAGAAGCUAUUCCAUUUCACUGCCUUACAUCCUCAUGGGAAGCCUUACGGCUCUAACGGGGUUGCUGAGUCUCCUGCUGCCUGAGAGCUAUGGAAUGCCUCUGCCUGACACCAUCACUCACAUGCAACACUUCCCCGGAUGUUGUCAGAAGACACCUUAUACGCUCACACAGACAGAGGAAAAGGAACGCACUGCUGAGAGGAAGUCUCCUGUUGUCCCCUGA